CCCCCGGCUCGCCUGGCCAGCCUGCUCCGCACCCGUCUGCCCCGGCUGCCCGGUGCGUCCCCUCCGCCAGCCGUCUGCACUCCCCGGCCCCACAGGCACCAUGCACCUCUCCCAGCUGGUCGCCUGCGUCCUGCUGCUGCUCACACUCCUCUCGCUCCGGCCCUCCGAAGCCAAGCCCGGGGCUCCACCGAAGGCCCCGCGGACCCCGCCAGGGGAAGAGCUGGCCGAGCCCCAAGCUGCGGGCGGCAGUCAGAAGAAGGGUGACAAGACCCCCGGGGGCGCCAAUCUCAAGGGCGACCGGUCGCGACUGCUUCGGGACCUGCGCGUGGACACCAAGUCCCGAGCGGCGUGGGCUCGCCUUCUGCACGAGCACCCCAACGCGCGCAAGUACAAAGGCGCCAACAAGAAGGGUUUGUCCAAAGGCUGCUUUGGCCUCAAGCUGGACCGGAUCGGCUCCAUGAGCGGCCUGGGAUGUUAGUGCGGCGACCCCUGGCGGCGGAUUCGGAAUUGCUCUGUGCACUGAGGUCUUCCUUGGUCAUCAGCCUCGGCAUCUGGAAACACCUCCAACGCAAUGUGGCUUUUACAUUUCCUUUUUUUUUUCUUCCUGGUACUGGGAAUACACAACACCAGCUGUUUUAUUAUUAUUUGGGGAGGGGAGGGUAUGAUUUUAUUGUUUGGG